AUGGAAUGCCGCAGCAUUUCGGAGACCUUGCUGCGCGCCAAUGCCGCGCUCUGCGUGAUGGCGCCGGCCGUCUGCAGGCUGCGCGGUGCCCACCGCCGCAGCAUUCACUUCGCGCCAGGCCCGUCCUCGCCCGACGAGGACGAUGUGCGAGACCGCGCCCCGCCUCCGCGGCGCUGGCACCGGGCAGCAUACGCCCGGCUCCUCCGGCAUGCGGGGUCACUGGCGGGGGUCGACCACGCGGGCGGCCUUCCGCGUCACGGGGCGACGGGAUCCGUCGUCUCAUGCCCGCACGCCGCCGCCCGGGCCGCGCACUUUGACGCGCUCGCGGGUGAGUUCGUCGCCGCCGCCGCCGCGAGCCGCGGCCACCCGCCGCCGAAGAUGGAGGCGACGUCGCUGAGCUCGCUGACGCAGGUCUGCGACGUGCUCGGCGUAUCGGCGCAGCGGAGGAAGAGUGUGCGGCUCACCGUCUGCCCGCAGGUGACGCAGCACCACGUGUGGCGGGGCGCACUCGAGGCGGUGCUCGGGGAUCUCCAGGCCGACAUGGCGUCCCUGGACAGACCGUCCCUGGCGACCCAGAUGGCCGAGCAGAUCGCGUCUGCCUGCACCCGCUUCCUGUCGGAGACGGCGACGUCCUCGUCGCCGUCCUGGAUGCGCCCGACGCCGUUCAAGAAACCAGCGGAACCGCCGCCUCCGGCCAAGAAGUGGCAAGAAGUGCUGGACAUGUUUACUGACCUCGCCAGGAGCCUGGAGACCGAGGAUCGACUCAACGGGCACGCGCAGAAGGUGGAGGCCAUGAAGGAGGGGCUGUACCAGAUACGCGAUGUCGUCAUUGAGCGGGACAUCGCCUUCAAGGAGGCGCGCCGGCAGGACUGCCUGGUGCAGAGGAAGCUGUCCAAGAGCCUGGGGCACUCCUCCAGGUGCCUGUACACGCUGCUCCUCUUCUACCUCUAUGGCACCGUCCGGGACAUGGAGGUGCAUGUCGGCAAGUGCAUUUCUGGCAAGGGAGGCAGGAAUGUCGCUGUUCACGCUGCGCAAUUCCUGACCGACGGUGAUGAAUCGACGAUCAGGAGCGGUAUCAAGAAGCUGAGCCGCGCUCUCGGUAUCUUCCGGUUUGUUUGGGAGGCCGCGAAUACUGACUGUGAUGCUGCCAAUCACAAUGGCAAAGAUGUUGCGGUCAAGAAAAAGAAUGAAGAUGCAAAGGGUGUCUUGGAGCUGCAAGGUCAUCUCUGGAGCUUCGGUGUUGAGAAGACUCUGACAUACAGAGGAGAUGUGUUCCAAGUGCAUCAGAUUCAAUUACCAUGA